AACUUUGACAUUUAGGAAUAACAAAGGGGGUUGGCUGGCUGAUUUUUGGAUUGGAAAUAUUGGAAUGGGACAUUUAUUGAAAAAACUCAAUGAUAUUAACAUGCUUGCCGACUACAACCAAUCAAAGAAAUCUGGAACAUGAGUGGCACUACAAUUUACUAAUUGAAGACUGUGUCUAAUCCUCAAAAUGGAAGAUGAGGACUACACCGAAAACACAUGGACUUACAUCUCAUUGUGCGCUGAACCAACGUUGUAUGAGGGACUCAGGUUCGCUAAAGAUCUGAUAAUUGCCAAUUUAGUACUACGUUUCAUAAUCCAGACAAUCUCACUGCCUCAUAAUGUACGACAUAGUAUUUCCUUAGUAAUCGGGAGUUUUUUACUGUACUACAGCAUCGGACCGGCAUCUUUCUGGACUAUAGGGCUAACCAGUGGUUCUUAUUUUUUAAUAAUUUUGUUAUCAUGCAUUACUAAACGAUGGCGUGGAUUAAUAAUUUCCUUAGCAGUAAUCUCAUUUCUCUUAGCAUGUGAAGUGUAUGUAGUUAAUCCUAAAAUGUGGCAACAAAUAAGAGGCAUCCAAAUGAUUGCUGCAAUGAAAAUAAUUUCAGUUGCAAUUGAAUUGGAUAGAAAUUUGUUUAAACAAAUGUUGAAUCCUGUAGAAUAUGGAGGUUACUUAAUGUGCCCAGCAAAUUGUAUUUUAGGUCCUUGGAUAUCCUUCCAUACAUAUAAUAAUUAUUUAGAUGUCAGAUUUUUGACCAGAAGGUGGUUUAAAAUUAUAUUUUUCAAUUUAUUUUUGGCAAUGUUCUUUUUAGUUUUAUCCAAUUGUAUUGUUCCCUGGUACAUUGAUGAUGAUAUAACUAAGUGGUUGGUUGCAUAUCGAGAUGCUCAAGCAUUCAGGAUGUCUCAUUAUUUUAUUUCUAGUAUGUCCAUUGUUUCUAUGGUUAGCGCUGGUUUUGGCCUUACAAAUGAUUGUCAUUCAGAACUUCAAGUGACUAAGCCAUUAUUUAUAGAGUUACCAAGAUCACUUGUGCAGGUUGUAAUUUACUGGAAUGUUCCCAUGCAUCAAUGGUUAAAAAAUUAUGUGUUUAAGGCCUGUCAACCUUAUGGUCAAUUCACUGCUAUAUUUGUCACUUAUGCUGUUUCAUCAUUGCUCCAUGGUCUAAACUUUCAGUUCUCUGCAGUGCUUCUCAGUAUAGGGACUUUUUCAUAUAUUGAAUACAAUUUUCGUAAUAAAGUAGCAUCAGCAUUAGAAGUAUGUUGUUUGGCUAAUCCUUGUGCAAAACAGUGUGAUCACAAAAACAAAAAAAAUAGUUUUCUAGCUGUAAUUACAAAUGCACUUUUCUCAUUUAUUACUAUUAUUCACCUGGCUUACCUUGGAGUUAUGUUUGAGGCAUCAUUUUCGAUUCAGGAGUCUGGGUAUUCAUAUUAUCAUACUAUUAGCAAAUGGGAGGAUCUCAAUUACUUUAGUCAUGGAUUUGCAUUUUUUAUGUAUGUAAUCUAUCUAAUGAUGUAAUAUCCUAAUUGAAUGCACAAAAACAACUUUUAAAAUUGCAGUAAAGUAUUAAAGAUUUUUAAGAUAUUUUACUAAUCUCCCUUGAAUGUAGGUAUUAUUUUUACAUGGUACCAUAGUGUCAUUUAUUUGUGAUUGCAUCAGUAUUUUAAGAUUUUUGUAAAUUUCCAUUAGGCAUAAUUUUAUAACAUCUUCUAAUUCUAGGAAUAAAAUUUUUUAUCUUUAUUAAACCAAUUUAUUUAAGUAGUCUUAUUUAUUCUAAUCUGUACAAUAAAUUGUUAAUAUACCAUUUAUCUUUCAUUUUAAUCACCCAUCAUAAGAUACACACACAUACAUUUGCAAUUUAUUUUUCAUGAAUGUUAAGAGUAAUAACUUGAAAUCUUCUAGUCAGGUUUAAGAUUAUUUCUCCAGGUCC